GCUUAGUUGCGGUACGCAAGCACGCCGAAGCGGAGCGCAACUUCGGAACCGCGUACAGUGGGUGGGAGUUGCAGCCCUCGUGAGUCAAGAGAGCGAAGAGUAACCGAAAGAACAGACUUCUACUCAGUCUGUCCGCGGCCGUCCGUCAAGCAGACGUCCCCGACUCUCUUGUGCCCCUACUUCUGUCGUUUCCGUCCGUCGUCUCAUAUCGAGUGUCUGUUUCACAGUGCCUCGAGGACCUCGUGAAUGUCACAUGGUACGUCGAUGGUACGACCGUUAUCACCACCGACACCCUGACCGACCAUCGCUAUUGCUCCAUCGAUCGCGAGGAUCGAUCUUGAUCGUCGUGCACGCGCUUAUGACAGUUUAUCGAGUCGAACCUAUCCUUCGUGCAUGAGAACGACUGAACGUGUGGUCAAGUGGCAAAACGUGCAAGCAUGUGGUACAUGAAUUUUAUCGCGGGUCUAAUAGGCCUGAUUUUCAUCGUCGGCUUGCCACCCUGGUGUUCAGACGCGUUUAACGUGGAGACGAAACAUUAUGCGGUUUAUCGAAACGAGACCAGGUCCAUGUUUGGAUUCGCUGUUUCCGUGUACCGGGAUAGAUAUGGUCGAGGAUGGGCGAUCGUGGGUGCACCGGAGGCCGAAACUCCUCAAGUUGGCGUUCACAGAGGCGGCGCCGUUUACAAAUGCGACAUCGCUGCCGAUGACCGAUGCACGCUGAUCCAUUUCGACAACAAAGGGAAUAACCAUAUCAGAAAUCCAAACGUACCGGGUGGUUUGAGUCAAAUCGACAAUAAAACCCUUCAAUGGUUCGGUGCCACGGUUUCGGCAUCGUUAAAAGAUGGAGGACCCAUACUGGCGUGCGCCCCGAGGUACAUCUGGUUCUCCGUGUCCCAACAGAAGUACGAUCCGGAAGACAAUCGAUGGAACAAGGACUCGCCCGUUGGAAGCAGAAGGGAACCCGUUGGCACCUGCUGGGCCGUCAGCAACAACUUCAACGAGUCACAGGAAUAUUCACCGUGUCGCACCAGGUACUGGGGAUACCAUAGGCAGGGUUCGUGUCAAGCUGGAUUGGGCGCUGCCAUGUCCAAGAACGGUGAGAGGCUGUUCAUCGGAGCGCCAGGAAGUUGGUACUGGCAAGGUCAGAUAUACUCGAUCAGCACCGCAUUGAGAUUGGAGUUCUUAGCGACGAUGUUCGUCAUCCCCGAAGCAGAUGCAUCAGGCCAAGCGUUUUCACAGCCAUUGAACAGCCGCGCGAGAAUAAUGUUCACGAAGGAAGGGCCAGCCACCGAGGACGAUAGCUACAUGGGUUACUCUGUCACGACCGGCGAUUUUAUUGGAAACGGUGACAGCGGCACCGCCGUCGGCGUACCUCGUGGCUCCGAUCUCCUCGGCAAAGUCAUUAUCUUUACCUCGAACAUGACGAAUCAUCGCAACAUCACCGGAGAGCAAAUGGGAGCUUACUUCGGUUACGCCGUUGCUUCUGGCGACAUCGAUGGCGAUGGACUGGACGAUCUUAUAGUUGGUGCGCCUAUGUACACGGUGCCAGAUAACCCGGAAAUGACCAUCGAGACCGGAAGGGUGUACGUGAUCUAUCAAGGCGUUGGAGCUGAAAAAUUCCGCAAAGUUGACUCUAGGGACGGAGAGAGCAACCGCGGACGAUUCGGCUUGUCACUGGCCUCUCUGGGGGACAUCGACCGUGACGGUUAUGGUGACUUCGUGGUGGGUGCUCCUUACGGUGGUUUACGUGGUCACGGUGCCGUGUACAUCUAUCACGGUUCGUCAACCGGCGUUCUCGAAAAGUAUUCCCAGGUGAUCUACGCUGAAAACCUCGAUGUACCCGUGAACACGUUUGGAUUUUCCGUGUCUGGUGGCCUCGAUCUCGAUGGAAAUCGUUAUCCAGAUUUGGUGGUCGGUGCUUACGAAUCUGCCACCGCUGUAUUCUUCAGAUCCAGGCCAGUCAUCAAGAUGGAUUCGUACGUGUCCUUCGAUCUGGAGUCGAAGUUGAUCUCUCUGGACGAUAGAAAUUGUACACUAUCGGACGGCAGCAGAGUCACUUGCCUCCCUCUGAGAGCUUGUUUCAAAUAUAGCGGAGAAGGUGUUUUCUCCAGGCAUAAUUUCAAUAUUCAGUACGCCCUGGACGUGAAGAAGACAAAGAGUCCGAGAUUGUUCUUCUUGGAGCUGGAGGGAAGGAACACGAUGAAUCGAACGAUCAUGGUCGAUCGCGAACGACAGUUCUGUCGCACCGUUCAGGUAUACGUGACACCGAACAUUCGCGACAAGCUUACGUCCCUGGACGCCGAGAUGCGGAUGAGUCUCGACGAGGAACGUUACGAAGACACUCGACCGAGAGACCCUAGACUCCCCUUGCGUCCCGUUCUGGGCUCCACGACGUCCAGGAAGGACUCUCUGUCCAUCAGAAAGAACUGCGGCUCCGACAACGUGUGUAUCCCAGAUCUGCAGAUGAACGUGACAUCGAACGUGCAGAAGUACCUGCUAGGCUCCGGCAAACGGCUGCAGCUAGACGUGUUGGUGCAGAACAUGGGAGAGGACGCUUUCGAGUCGACGUACAACUUGAAACUACCCGCUGGUAUCGAUUACAUCAAAGUGGAGAAGAUCGAGACUAUGGGGGUGCCUGUUCAAUGUUCGGCUCCUAAACAAUCAAAUAACAAUACUCUUCGUUGCGAUAUUGGCAAUCCGUUGCAGAAGAACGGAUUAGUUAAAUUCAGAGUGUUGUUGCAACCUGUUACGUCGCAUGGAAUGAAGCCGAUUUACGAGUUCGAAAUGGACGUGAACACCACCAAUCCUGAGAAUCCGUACACGACCGACGAUAAUACGUAUACCUUGAGACUACCAAUUUGGAUCGAGACCGAUCUACGAAUAGACGGUGAAAGUAAACCGAAGGAUCUGUAUUACAAUCCGGAUAAUUACACCAGCGAGAUAAAUGUUACUACGGAGGCAGAGUUUGGACCAGCUAUGACGCACAAUUACACUAUUCGGAACCAAGGUCCGUCGGACGUUAUCGAAGCGGAGGCUUUUCUUAUUUGGCCCGCUCAAACUUUGGCUGGAGACACGUUGCUGUAUUUGUUGGAGCAGCCGGAAACUUCUGGACCCAUCGCCUGUGAACCUGCCAAUGCAAAUUAUCUUAGUCUGAAGCUGGACCAACGCAGAAGUAUGUACUGGCAUCACCCAGAUCCAUCGGGAGUGAUCCUGGACGAAUCCCAAUCAGGCAGAACGAUUAACGUGCAACGAGGCUUCGACAUGGACAAAAGCAAACUGUCCCAGAAAGAAGAGUCCGAGAUCAACACCGGAGACAGUUCCAACAUCCAGAAAUCUCGUCAUUCCUCCUCCUCUUCGUCUAAAGCGAUCACCAGUGAAACAAGAAGGUUCCAGUUAUCCGACACUGGGAGCAAACCAGACGUCCUGAUCACCACCUACACUCAAAACAAUUCAGGGACCAGCUCUAUAAACACGGCAGACUUAGCCGCUGGCAACAGAGGCGUGAUUUUUCACACGGAAUCUGGCGGUUACGGAGAGACGGCUACGUUGGGUGGUGGUUUCCGGCCCAGUGACGGUAACAGUCUAGGUGCGAGAGUACCAGACUUCGAAGGAGGCCAUGGAUCGUACGUGAACCAUUCCGAAACCUUCGUAAACCGCUGGGGCGAGACCAGCGUUUCUGGAGGUCGCUCGUCUUCGUCGGAUGGAUACGGCUCUAACAUAAACGAGAACGACGAAAGCUACCAGGAGCUAUUGAGACAACGACAGGCACAACGUGAACGCGAGGAGGAGGCUCGAUUGGAGCGUCAGAGAAAGAAGGAACAACACAUGGCUGCGCAAAGACAACGAGAGGAGCAAGAACGUUUGUAUUAUCAGAGAAGACAGGAAGAAGAACGCAGAAGGGCGGACGAGGAGAUGAGGAAGAGACAGGAGGAGGAACGAAGACAGCAGCAAGAAGAAGAGAUACGAAGGCAACAAGAGGAACAACGAAGAAGAAUAGAGGAAGAGGAAUUUAGGCUGGAGCAGGAGAAACGUUACGGCAGUUCCUCCGAACAUCGUGGAGUUCAGAGUGGUUUCAUCAGCGGUGAUCGAGAAGAAACUGUACGAGGAGGUGAAUUCGGAUUCCAACUACGUAACGUCAGCUCCACGCAGGACCUGGCGCGACUGUUUGGAUCCUUAUCGAAGUCAGCGACUGGUUACGAAUUGUUCAACAGACAGGGCAAGCAAUAUGUUCAGUUUAUGGGAAGAUUCCGCAAUUCUGCCGACAGAAGGGAGUAUAUAGAGUUCCAAGAUGGAUCUACGUUUCCUCUUCAGGACCGUUACGGAGGAGAGAGUUACGUUUCUAGCUCUACGGAGAACAGAGACGGUAGAUUCUUGAAGAUAGAGGGUGAACUUCUGGUCGAUUCGAGCGGGAAAGGGUUCAUCGUGCUUAAAGAUGGUCGCAGAUUUCCUCUGCAGGGCUCGUUUACCUACACCGAGGAAAGAACCUAUACGUUGGAUCCCUAUAGUUACCAGGGAGGUAGAACCGGUAGCGAAUACGAAACGAAGGGUUAUAGUAAAUCCUGGAACGAAGAAUCUAGACAAGCUGCUGGCAUAGAAAGCGACUACGAGUCCAAGUAUACCAGCACGCACGAGGAAAGAAGAACGGAAGACAGAAGAGUAACUAGCAGAGUUUACGGAAGAGAGAACCGCGACACUCCCGAGGAACGUCUAUCGACUAAGAUUCCAAAUUCCAACGAUGGUUCUAGAUUCAGGCGAGAAAGCGAUAUGGUUAAUGUGAGGGAAUUUAAAAAAUUCGAGAAGCUGCAUAGAAUACCUAGGGACCUUGAAAACGACCCUUUAAUGCCAGAAACAGAAUUCGGCGAGGAAGAUUACGAGAGCAAUUUAAGAACGCAGGAACCGGUUAGUCUUUGCAAGACAGCCAAAUGCGUGAUGCUGAGAUGCGUUUUGGGUCCACUGAAGAAGGACCAGGAAGUUUGGAUCGGAGCUAGGUACAGAGUGGACGCAAGGACGUUGAAGAAGGUCGCUCUGCAGGAAAAAGUCAGGGUUUCGACUCGAUUGGAGGCACAAGUCACCAAGCAACCGUUCAUAGGCGCACCUGCCGAACAGGUGAUCAAGAGCCACGAAAUUAAGACGAACGUCGAGCCAAGCAUAACACCAUCUGCGCCGGAUGUUAUUCCGCUCUGGGUCGUGGUACUCUCCGCCUGCGCUGGAACGAUCAUUCUAUUACUGCUUAUUUUCCUGCUGCACAAGUGCGGGUUCUUUAAGAGGAAUAGACCGUCCGAUGCACCAGAGAGGCAACCAUUGAACAGGAACGGUCACUUCCAGCAGGGUGACGACCACUGAGAAAAAGGGCCAAGUAUCCAUCGAUGGAAUUCAUUUCAAAUCUCGAAAGUCGAACCGAACGAACGAGCCAGGGAGGGCCUUUUAAUCCUCGAAUCUCGCAAAGGAACAAAUUUACGCACUGCCUGGAUCACGGCUCGUCCUAACUGUAAUACAGUCCCGUGUCAAGCAGCACUGUGACUAUUAUUACGAUUAUUGUAAUUAACAAAAUCGCGAGUGCCUUUAUCUCCAGCCCCGAACGACGAAACUGCUCGAGCAUUUUUACUUACAUCGAAUUACGAACGAAUAAGCGAUGUAAAAAAGGUUCUGGGGCGAGUCUGCGAUUAUUUUCUACUGCCACUGAAUACUCCUUCCAGCUCCUGCAGCUCGAUCAUGCAAGUUUCUAGUCAGGAGACGUUUUUCUUUUUCUUUUAAUUAUUAUUAUUAUUAUUAUUAUGUCAUUUUUUAAUUACCUGUAAUUUACUUAAGCCACAUGCUCGUCGAUGAUCACGAGCGAAUACGAAGAUCGAUCGAACUGCCUCGAUGACGUGGAGGUCGAAGUGGCCUGCAGAUACACCUUGCAAUUUAUGGAAAAUAGAUUGCACUUUUUCACUCCGUGUAGAAUUUAUCGUAAUCUUUCCUUUUUUUAAAAAGGAAACGUUCGCUGUGGCGAAUUCUGAAAAAAUGAGAUGAAAGAGUGAACGAGUUUUUUAUUUUAUCGGUCUUGUACAAACGCUGAUUAUAUUCCGGGGCUUGAGCAAUUGCAAAAUAGUUGAGAUUACCAAGAGAAAAAUGUCUAGUUCUGUGUUGUAAAUAUACUAUAGUAUAUUUAUUCUGGCUUACCUGGUGGAAUAUUCAGAAUAAUAAUUUAUUAAUUCUAUUUUCCAUUAGAAGAACGUUUAAUCGGCUCGAAUGCUUCGAUUCACGUCGAUAGAGAUCUCAUUCGUCGCCGACAUCGGCAGUCGAUUUUAUAUUUGUUCUCCUUCUUAAAACAAGCUCGAGAACGGGAGUUUUCGAUUAUUUAUUAAAAUUUCUACAUUAUUAUAUGUAUAUGUAACGUAUGAUAGAGCGUUGUAACGUGAAACCGGGGCUUGCCCUGACUGUAUGUGUGUACAAUCUUGUAAAUUAUUAACUGUAUUACUAAAAACCGUUCAGAAAGUAACUAGCUAACACAAAUUAAUAAUUGUGUAGAGAGCAAACGAAUUCCUGAAUAAGUGGGAAAAUAGAAACUGACUUGUACAUACAGACUUAAGGUGUAAUAUUAAAAGAAAAAAAAUAUAUAUAUAUAUUAAUUAAUAAUAUUAUUAAUAUUAAAGAUGGUAUUUUAUUUUUAAAUGUGGGUGAGAAAUCGCCUCUGAUAAAAUUACUUUAUUAAUUCUAAGAAAUCUAGAAUUUUUUAACGAGAAUAAUUUUGAAAAUAUAUGCCAAGAAAAUGGAGAAUUAAUUAAUUUUUCAUUGAGACAAACUAGUAAUCUCGGUAGGAUGAUCCCCCUUUUUUCAAACUUAUUCCCUGUUUUAAAUAAAUUCGUAUCCUUGUAUCAGGAAAUUCCUCGCAAUAUGAUCAGAAACAAUUAAUUUUUCAUAUAAUCAUUUAUUAGAAAAAUCACAAUGACGUAACAGCAGUAGACACAAAACAAAUGCAUGAUUAGCAUGAAUAUCAUACUCUCACUGUUGUUUCUACGAUAGUUGUAUGGAUCGUUUUUUGUUAGACCUGCAUUAAUUUGUAAAGUUACGUCGCGCAUAAAUGAUAAGAAAACUGUUCCAGAUAUAAAAAAAUAUAUCUUUCGAUAAUCUUGAUCUGUUUCAUAGAUUUUGACGAUGUUUCUACUCUCUCGCUCUCUCACACACGCACACACACUCUCUUUCUCUUAUUUUGACUUUUCAUUGUCUUUGAUAAAAUUUAUACAAAAAUAAUCUUAUGAGUACAAUCAUUUUGUAAAAUAUACUACCGUAUUUAAUAUUUUACUUCAUGCGUUUUAAGAACCUCGAAGUAGAAAAAGUGCUUAGAAAAAUUUCUGGUCUUUCAAUGAUUGAUUUGUUUUUUCGAUCGAGCGAAAAUGGUCUGCGUAUAUUCGUGAGUCGAAAUGAAAUCUACCACCGGGACGAGGUAAAUCUUGUAAAAAAGUGUCUCCAUAUUUUUUUCCCCCGGUUUCUGCCUUCUCUAAUGAGUUGUCGUUGGGAAAAAUGGUACAAAAGUCAAUAUUUUAAAAAACAUACAUAUAAAAAAAGGAAAUCGUGAAACAUUUCGUACAGACAUACUCAUCCAGCUCUAGGAUUAUUGCUAAAAAUAUUAAUCUUUCGUUAUGUACACGUGUUGUUAGCCCUUCAACGACGCAUGACGUAUGCAUACAUUCUAUUUCUUCGUUAUUUUUAUCAAAAUUUAUUGAUAAUCUUAAAAUAUUUCUAUACCAAUUUAACUUAUCUCGUUUAAACGUUCAGUCUUUGAAAUUUCAAUAUCGCAAGAUCGAAAUAAUUUUUCAACUUUGAUACAUUUUUUAAAUUUCUCAAAUUCGGCGAUCAAAGUAGCGUGUCGUUGAAGAAAAAACAAUUUACCAAACAGAACGAUUUACGUUAUGCGUUAUCUUCCAUUUAAGAUACAUCGAGAAAACAAAAUAAAUAUAUUCACCAUGUUCGGCAGUGUAAGGUCGAUACUCCUCUUCAAAAACUAACGUGCUAUCGAGCAAUAUGUAUGUACAACAUUAUGUAUAUACGACUGCCAUCGAAUGCGUACCGGAUGUAUCGUUUCGAUCCUUGUCGAAAAAAUACAAUCAACGCGAAAUUUUGUUUUCUCUAACGUCUUGCUUGGUAAUUUACAAUAAUCUGGAUCAGGCGGAGGCUAACUAAAAGAUUUACAAUUCACGGUCGAGUUAUGUUUAUACGAACCGAUGUCGUGAGAUAAGAAAAUACUAAAUACGAUUAACAAUGUAGUUGUACCCGUAAUCAUUAACACCCGCGACAUCAUCAAGACAUAUAAUCUUGGAAUUUCCCUAGUUUCUAUGUACGAAUGAUUGGAUUUGUUUUCGAAUAGAAUAAACGCAUGGACCGAAAUAAUAAACAA